AUGACUUCUCAAGAUCCACAAGUCCAGAAGGUUGAAGCUUUAGUAUUUCUCUCUCGCGGAUACGUUAACCAUGUUCUAAAUGAAGGGCAGGUCAUGCAAAUUGCGCUUGCCGGAAUUUGCACGCAUGCAGCAUUGAUCGGAGGCUUCAAGCACCUCGCUACUCUCACGCCUCCUGAGAUAAUGGAGGCUAUCAAAUGGAAUUACAUCAUGCAGUGCUUUGGUAUUCUGGCCUUUAUUCCCCCCAAGCUUUCCGACCACAGGGUUCAUAGUAAAUGCUGGGAUCCGAAUGUUCAGAAAAACUUCUCCAUCUUCCAGGGAUCUAUCAACGUUACAGCUGAUGUCAUACUAGGCUUGCUGCCGAGUAGCCUCAUUGCAACCCUAAAUAUGCCUUCUAGACGACGUAUCGCACUCUGUAUUCUGAUGGGUCUCGGGUUGUUCGCUGCUGCUGUUGGGAUUGUCAAGAUCACCUAUCUAGCUUCUCUCACUGCCCGUUCAGAUAUUACCUGGGACACGUACGAUCUAGUCGUCUGGAGCGGCGCUGAAAACUUCGUUGUCUUGGCUUGCGGAAGCAUUCUACCCAUGAAGCCUCUUUACGAUCGUUUUAUCUCGGACAACCGCCUCUUCAGUUGGGCUACUGGGAAGUCUACUACGCACUCUUAUCUCGCGCGGGCGAUUAAAGACUCUGGAGAUUCCAUUCCUCCAAGCGUAGAGUCUACAGGCCCGUUUGUGAAGCCGAGUUUCUCUGAUUUGAGUGCAACACAGGUCUCAGUGGACCUGCCUUGA